AAUCCCACAUCUAUUAUGGGUACACGAGGCGUUCUGAGCUGCCUCCUCCUGACUGCUUUGCUCGGCUUAUCAAAGACUGGGCUCGUGAAGAAGAUCCUACGGCAUCGACGACAGACCCUGGAGCCCCUUAAUGAACAUAACAUCACGCUCCCGAGCACGGACCAUCCUGUGGUUUUCAACCACGUCUAUAACAUCAACGUUCCUGCCAGUUCCCUGUGCUCGGUGGACCUGGACGCUCCAGAGGGCACGCAGCUCCUUCCUAAUGAUGCAGCGGUCUCCAAAGGGCAUCACAUCACCGAGCACACAGUCGACGGGGAGAACCAGAUCGUCUUCACCCACCGCAUCAACAUACCUCGAAAGGCCUGCGGUUGUUCUGACGACCUGCCUGGCCUUAAGGACCUCAUGAGCCGGCUGGAGAUGCUCGAGGGAGAAGUUUCAGCAUUAAGAGAUCAGUGCACUGGUGACAAGGCAUGCUGCAGUGCACAGGUGACAGGUAAAGUGGGAACUAAACCAUACUGCAAUGGUCACGGAAACUACAGCACUGAAACCUGUGGCUGCCUGUGUGAGCCUGGCUGGAAGGGAACCAACUGCUCUGAACCCGAGUGUCCCAAGAACUGCCAGAGCCGGGGUCGCUGCGUUGAUGGAAAGUGUGAGUGCUACAAGGGCUUCACUGGAGAAGACUGCACACUCGAGGUGUGCACUGAGGACUGCGGAGACCAUGGUCAGUGUGUGGGCGGUGUUUGCAUCUGCUCGGAUGGUUACCUUGGUGAGGACUGCUCCCAAACCAAGUGUCUCAACAACUGCAGAGGCCGUGGCCGAUGUGAAGACGGAGACUGCGUGUGUGAUGAACCCUGGACAGGCUACGACUGCUCUGAACUCAUCUGCCCCAAAGACUGCUACGACCGUGGACGCUGUGAGAACGGCACCUGCUUCUGCGAUGAGGGAUACGCCGGGGAGGACUGUGGGGAACGCACCUGCACAAACAACUGCCACGGUAAUGGCUUCUGCGUGGACGGUCAGUGCGUCUGCGCUGCCGGCUUCAGUGGAGACGACUGUUCUCGGCUCACCUGCCUAAACGACUGCAACGGCAGAGGGACGUGCUUCAACGGGAUGUGUAUCUGUGACGUGGGCUAUCAAGGCGCAGACUGCAGCCAGCUAGCAUGUCUAAACAACUGUAACAGCAGAGGGCAGUGCAUUAACGGACAGUGUUCCUGUGAUGUUGGCUUCCAGGGAGAUGAUUGCUCCGAGCUCUCCUGUCCAAACGACUGCCAGCACAGAGGGCGCUGUGUUAACGGCCAGUGUGUGUGCGAGGAAGGCUUUGCUGGAGAAGAUUGCAGCAUCAGGACCUGCCCCUCAAACUGCUACGGCCGUGGCGAGUGCAUCGAGGGAUCUUGUGUGUGUCACGCAGGCUACACCGGCGAGGACUGCAGCGAGCUGAGCUGCCCUAACAACUGCAGAAACCGCGGGCGGUGCAUGGACGGGCAGUGUGUUUGUGAGGAAGGCUUCUCUGGGGAGGACUGCAGUCAGAAAGCUUGUCCCAAUGACUGCUUGGCGCGUGGUUACUGUGUCGACGGCAAGUGCGUCUGCCAGGAAGGCUACUCAGGAGACGACUGCUCUGUGCACGCCUGUCCAGGUAACUGCAACAACAGGGGGCGGUGCAUCAACGGAAGGUGCACAUGUGAGAGCGGAUAUGAAGGGGAAAGCUGUGCAGAGCUGAGCUGCCUCAAUAGCUGCCAGGACAAAGGCCGCUGUGUGGAUGGUCAGUGCGUCUGUGACGAGGGAUACAUCGGAGAAGACUGCUCAGAAGUGUCUCCUCCAAAGGACCUUACUGUAAGCGAGGUCACCUCUGACUCAGUGGACCUGUCCUGGAACAACGAGAUGUUGGUGACAGAGUAUCUUGUGACAUACGUGCCCACCCAGCCUGGAGGUCUUCUACAGGAGUUCACUGUGACGGGAGACAGUAGCACAGCCACCGUCAAAGAGCUUGAACCUGGACUCGAGUACCUGAUCAAAGUCUACGCUGUUCUGAGCAACAAGAAGAGCAUCCCUGUCAGCGUGCGGGUGGCCACAGAGCUUCCACAGCCAGAGGGUUUACGAUUCAAAUCCGUGAGAGAGACCUCGGUGGAGGUGAUGUGGGACCAGCUGGACAUCUCCUUUGAUGGCUGGGAGAUCUAUUUCCGCAACACGAAAGAAGAAAAUGGAAAAGUCGUGAGCACCCUUCCACCAUCUCAAAACCAGUUCUUCCAGUCGGGCCUUGGUCCAGGACAGGAGUAUGAAGUCUCUGUUAACAUCAUCAAGAACAACACCAGAGGACCCCAAACAUCCAAAAGAGUCACAACCAAGAUUGACGGGCCCCGGCUGGUGGAGGUGAAGGACAUAACAGACUCCUCUGCUCUGGUCGGUUGGUCGCAGCCAGUGGCUCCGAUGGACAGACUCACCAUGGUUUAUGCACCCAGCUCCAACCCUUCAGAUGAAACCAGCGCGGAGAUUCCCCCCACAGACAAACAGUACAGCAUCGACGGUCUGAGGCCGGACACGGAGUACAAAGUGUCGCUCGUCUCCAAGGGUGGAGAGCUCAGCAGUGAGCCUGCCACCGCCACUUUCACUACAGCUCUCGAUGCUCCCACGGACCUGCAGGCUGUGUCCCAGACAGACAACAGCAUCACUCUGGAGUGGACCAACAGUCAAGCUGAUGUUGCCGGCUAUCUGGUGAAAUACAGUCCCAUCUCUGGAGCGACUCAUGGCGAGGAACUGUUCCCACGAGGACCAGCAUACACCACACAAGCUACUAUUACUGGGCUGAAGCCGGGAACAGAGUAUGGGAUCGGUGUGACUGCCGUGAAGAAUGAAAGGGAGAGCCUUCCUGCUACUGCAAAUGCAGCCACCGAUAUUGAUCCUCCCAGAGAAUUUGAAAAAGUCGAGUCCACAGAGACCUCCCUCACGUUGAGGUGGCAGAAACCUCGCGCCAAGGUUGGCGCCUACAAGCUGGAGUACGUCUCCAGAGACGGCCAGGCCGAAGAGGUGGAGAUCCCCGCCACAGCGACCAGCUACGUCCUGUCCAACCUGACUCCUGGAAUGAGCUACACCAUCACGCUGGCUGCAGAGAGGGGGCACAAGAGGAGCACACCUGUCACCUUACCUGCAUCAACAGCCUCUUUCACAUUUUAUUUAGCUGAUUCAGAUGACCGUGAGCUAACGACUCCCUCAGGCUCAGAGGACAAUGUCAUUAACUUUGUGUAUUUAGAACCCUCUGAGUCCCACUUCUCAGUUGGGAUGGAACCUGACGAUGAGCUUGGGAAACUGACUAUCUCGGGCAUCACGCCUGAUGGAUUUGACCUCUCAUGGAAGCAAACCGCUCAGAGUGUCUAUGAUAGUUUUGCAGUAGAAUAUAAAGACACUCAGCGAAUGUGGGAUGUGGGAGAGGUCCAACUUCCUGGAGAUGCCCCUGGCUCUAGAAUCCAGGGCCUGAACGCAUCGACAGAAUAUCAAAUAAAACUUUAUGGAAUAACCGGUAGCCAGAGAUCUGCGCUACUUGAAGCUGUCGCAGUCACAGCACCAAAGCCUACCUCUCCAGAUGUUCUUAUGCUGAGCAUCAAAGAUGCCCCAACAACUGCUCUGGAUACUGAAACAGUUACAGAUCCCCCCCGUCCUCUAAACUCCUCUGAUACUGCUGUGAUGAGCUCUGAAAGCUCUGAAAUCUCUCUGGACAAAUUGGGAAACCUCACAGUAAAUGUCACAUCCACCAGAGUGAGCCUGGCGUGGUCGGCGCCUGACGAGGCGUUUGAUAGCUUUGUGGUGGAGCUCAGAACUCCGACACAAACUAAUGUGACCACAGUACCAGGACAUAGGAGGAAGGCUGAUAUUGAGGGUUUGUCCCCCUCCACACAAUAUAAUAUUACAUUACAAGGGCUGGUGGAAGGGAAGCCGUCUUUACCUCUCAAAGUCUUUGCUACUACAGAGGAGCUGAGGCCCAUGGUGGUGAACCUCACCAUCUCUGACAUUACUUGGGACGGCUUCACUGCGUCCUGGAGCCCCACCGCUGGGGAAUUUGACAGCUUUGUCAUUGAGGUAACAAACUUGGAGAAUUUCGAAGAGAGCCAGAACCUCAGUUUGUCCGGAGACGCUCUCAGCCUGGGCAUCUCCGGUCUCAACCCCAACACCAGCUACAUGGUUGGCCUGUUUGGGAUGUAUCAGGGCUCCUUCCUUGAACCCGUGUACGCUGAAGCCACCACAGUGAAUCAACCAGUGCUUGGCAAACUAUAUAUCUCAAACUUAACGUCAGAGAGCUUUUCAAUCUUCUGGAACGGCACUGAAGGAGAAUUUGAUGGUUUUAUCCUGGAGAUAAUUGAUUCUGAUUGGCUGACGGAGCCAAAGGAAUAUAACAUAUCCCACAGUGUAAAGUCCCACGAGGUCACGGAGCUCAGGCCCAGUACUGACUAUAUAGCCUACAUCUACGGGACGUACAAAGGAUCCCGAACAAGUGCUGUCAGUAUUGUUGCAUCAACAGCUGAAGAGCCUGAUUUGUCCAGGCUAGUUGUUUCUAACGUUACCUCAGACAGAUUUUCUCUGUCGUGGCGGACAGGAGAGAAGGCUUUUGAUAACUUUAUAGUAGAAGUCAGAGAGUCUGCUUUGCCCUCGCAGGCAAUGGGCCGCGCUCUGGCCGGAGACGUGCGCUCCACAGUCAUGGCCGGGCUUAAAGCGAGCACAAGCUACAACAUAAAGCUGUACGCCAGCGCUGGUGGCCAGAACACACAGCCCCUGUUUGAUGUAGCUACAACAGAGGAUGUCCCACAGUUGGGGCCGAUAGCUGCUUCGUCUGUGAGCCCUCAUAACCUCAGCUUGUCCUGGAGCACUGUGUCAGGUCACUUUGAUGGCUUUGUUAUCCGGGUCAGUGACCCCGAGAAGCAGUCUGAUACGCUGGAGUUCAGGCUGCCUGGUGAAGCCCGUAACAUUACGAUCUCUAACCUGAUGGAUGCCACAGGCUAUGAUAUUGAACUGUACGGUAUCUCUCAUGGGCGCCACACUCCCUCUGUGUUAGCCCACGCCGUCACAGCUCCUUUACCUAAAGUGGAAAACUUGACCAUUUCCAACAUAACCCCCUACGGCUUCCGUGUGUCGUGGGAGGUGAAGCAGCAGCAGCAGCCUCAGCCGCAGCAGGAGGAAUUAGCCCCCUCUAGUGGCGGUUUCAGCCGUUUUCACAUAAUGGUGACAGACUCCGGCUGGCUGCUGGAGCCUCAGGAGUUCACUGUGCCAGGAAACCAAAGUCACCUGGACAUCUGGGGCCUCAUCACCGGCAUAGGCUAUGAGGUCAGGCUGACCGGGGUGUCAGAGUCAGGGCUUCUCUCUCGGCCUCUCACUACAGUGGCUGUGACAGAGGCUGAGCCGGAGGUGGAGCAUCUCUUUGUCUCGGAUACCACGGCCGACGGUUUCCGUCUGUCAUGGACGGCGGAUGAAGACUUGUUUGACAGAUAUGUGAUCAAAAUAAGGGACAGCAAAAGAUUAGUCCACCCUAAAGAGUACAGCGUCCAUGGUGACGAACGAACCAAGGUUUUAACUGGACUCAUGAGCGGCACCGAGUAUGAAAUCGAGCUUUACGGUGUCACACUGGACCAACGCUCCCAACCGAUUACUGGGAUUGCUCAGACAGGCCUGAGCACUCCAAGAGGACUCAGCUUCUCUGAAGUCACGGACUCGUCAGCUGUAGUUCACUGGUCCAUGCCUCGCUCUCCAGUAGAUAACUACCGAAUCACCUACAUGCCCCUUGAAGGAGGAAGUCCACUGUCAGUGACUGUAGAUGGAGACGUGUUUGAGGCUCUGCUGCCCAACAUGUUCCCCGGCAAACUGUACCAGGUGACUGUGAGUGCAGUGAAGGGUCUGGAGGAGAGCGACCCCAGCACUGACACCAUCAAGACAGCUUUGGACAGACCUCAGGGUCUGACUGCAGUUAAUGUCACUGACAGCUCAGCCCUGCUGCUGUGGCAACCGUCUGUGGCCACCGUGGAAGGUUACAUCAUCACCUACAGCGCUGACUCAGUGUCCUCGGUGGUGGAACAUGUUUCUGGGAACACGGUGGAGUUCGAGAUGGGCUCCCUGGUUCCAGGAACUCACUACACAGUCGGAGUUCAAGCUACGAAAGAAGCUCAGAGGAGUGACGCUGCUGUGACUGAAUUCACCACCGACGUGGAUCCUCCUCGAGAUCUCACAGCUGUUAACAUUCAGACUGAAAGUGCGACUCUCACGUGGAAACCUCCUCAGGCUGCUGUGACGGGUUACACACUCACCUUCUCCUCUGCUGAUGGUGUAAUCAGGGAAGUGGUGCUCAGCCCGACGGCGUCCUCUUACAGCAUGGCUCAGCUAACCGGCUCCACAGAGUACAACGUGAAACUGCAGGCCAUCGCUGGAGCCCAGAGGAGCCGUCACGUCACCACUCUCUUCACUACCAUCGGACAGUUGUACAAACGGGCCAAGGACUGCGCUCAGAUUUUACUGAACGGAGAGACAACCUCAGGGCUGUACACCAUCUACGUGGGCGGAGAGGAGAGCCAGCCCAUCCAGGUUUACUGUGACAUGACCACAGAUGGCGGAGGAUGGCUGGUUUUCCUCAGACGCCAGAAUGGAAAGCUGGAAUUCUUCAGGAACUGGAAGAACUACACUGCUGGCUUCGGAAAUAUGAAUGAUGAGUUCUGGCUGGGUCUCUCCAACCUCCAUAAACUCACAAAUUCUGGGCAUUAUGAGCUGCGAGUGGACUUGAGGGACAACAGGGAGUCGGCCUAUGCUCAGUACGACAAAAUCACUCUGGCAGAGCCCAGAUCCCGCUAUAAAAUCUACAUUGGAGCAUAUAGUGGAACAGCAGGCGACUCCAUGACGUAUCACCAGGGUCGACCCUUCUCCACCUUCGACAACGAUAAUGACAUCGCCGUCACAAACUGCGCCUUGUCCUACAAAGGUGCCUUCUGGUAUAAAAACUGUCAUCGGGUCAACCUCAUGGGGAAAUACGGGGACGACAGUCACAGUAAGGGGAUCAACUGGUUCCACUGGAAAGGCCACGAACACUCGAUUGCAUUUGCAGAGAUGAAGAUUAGGCCGGCCAACUUCAGAAACUUUGAGAGCAGAAAAAAACGAUCAUAGACUCGUGAAGCCCUGUCUACAUGUCAUCUCCACAACCACCCCCUCCUGUGAUCCCUCAUCCUCAAAUCAUUCUCUAAAAACACACAAAACAAAAAGACAAUCACACUGAAUGUAAUUCUGGCUGUGAGAAACGAACCUGGUCACAUUUACACCAAAGAAUCAAACCCAUUUUUUGUGUCGUCAUCCCAAUCUGGCACGGUUUGUGUGCAUGUGUGAUUAUAAAUAUCUGAAAGCAGCAUGGAGUUGAAUGGACAUACAGUACACGUGUUAUUGGGACCAAAAGAUCUGUAAUUAUACGAAGAAUUAAUUGUAAAAUAAAUGGAUCCACUGAAUCAGUCACAUGUCAAAGGCACAUAGUCAGAAGUUAAUGAAUUAGUUAAAUUCUUCCAUCUUAAACUGAGUUAUUGUCGCGAUAAAUUAAUAAAAUGAUGCAUCUUGAUGAAUAUAAUGAACUCUAUGAAAUGAAUUUUACUGUACAACUAUUUAGAGACCACUAACACCACUGAAUUCAUAUUUAAAAUUUGAGUUACUUAUUUUGAUAGUAAGAUGCUCUGUAACCUUCAAUAUAAAUAAAAAUUGUUAAAGUGUUUGAUAAAAGUGUGUGAGAGCUCUUUUCCAUUUUUUUUUAUUUUUUUUUUUUGAAGAGGAGACAUUUAGAUUAUUUCAGCCUUCCGGCCAGCAGAUGGCAGUGCUUACUCUCUUUAUGCAACACUGAGGUAUGUGUGUGGUGUUUUUUCUUUCUUUUUUUGGCUGGAACAUUUAGGAACAUUUCUUUUUAAGUAUUUAAAUUGAUAUAUAUUUUUAAUGACCAUAAAGAUUAGUACAAAUAUUAAUUAUUCAUGCUCCUAAAAAGCACUGAUUUCCCUUUCAAAGAAAAAGGCCUUAGAAGGUAUUUCUAAAAUGUGUAUUUAAUUUACAAAAGUCUUGAAUUAUGUAUUUAUUUAAUAUGUGGAGUUUCAAUCAGUGCAGUCAAACCUGAAACAAAGUCUGUUAGCUGUUGAAGGAAGGAAGAAAAACUUAAGCAAUUAUUUUUAAAUUAGUCCAUCCAUCAUUAU